AUGCAGCAAAGAUUCGAGGAUAACAUCCAGCAACUCAUUGCAAAGUAUAAUGAGUCACCAUCCUUUGAGGCAAAGCAGAAGUUGGCAAUCAAAACAUUUAAAGCAUGUCACGAUGUUAGCGACCGUCUACCAACAGAGCUCAACAAGUUCAUAAAGCGAGUAGUACCGAGGGACACACGUAAAUAUGACCGAAGAGCUGUUGAAGAACUAGUUAACCAACACGAGAACCACGGAAUUAAAAACUCCCCAUCGUACCAGCUUAUUCAAAGACAUAUGGGAUACACAACUCAAAAUACGCCAAUAAUACUCCUUUAUGGUCUCUUGAAGCUUAUACCAAAUCGUGUUUCCAACAGUAGAGUAUUCAAAGAUCAAUCCGCAAUCUACACAGAGCUCGAUAGACAUCUUGACUGGCUUACAGAAUACAUUAGAAAUGCUGAAAUGGGUGGUAUAAAGAUCUUCCAAUAUAAUUAA